AUGGAAAUAUCAUGCGUGAACGAUGCUUCCUUCGGCCCUAUUGUGAAAGGAUGCCGGGGGGAUUUUGACUUUACGCUGAAGUUCGAGAAAAUCAUUCUCUCCAUACUACCGUCCGUCGUCUUCAUUGCUCUAUCAGUCCCUAGAGCCAUCCACCUUGCUCGAAAACGACGAACAGUGAAUGGCACAACCUUCCAGUUUGUAAAGCUUGUAGCAGCAGCGAUCUACACAGUCUUCCAGCUAUCUCUGCUCAUCAUUGGCAGCGUCCAUUCAUUGGACUUAAUUGAUUUAUCCACCACAGCUGAGGUCUUAAGUUUUGUGACGGCAAUAGUGAUACCAAUCUUGAGCUUUCUGGAGCAUUCUCGCUCGCCUCGGCCCUCUAUAUUGCUCAGCAUAUUUCUUUCGCUGACUGUACUCUGUGAUAUUGUGCAGGUGCGCUCGCUGUGGCUGCUGGCUCAUAGCGCCGACGAGCUCAACUAUGUGAAACUGUUCACCGUAGCCGUGGUCUGGAAGGCUGCUCUGGUCUGUCUCGAAUCCGUGCACUGCCAAAGCUGGCUAGGAUGGGACUGGAACAUACAUAGCCCUGAAGAGGUCAAUGGGCUCUAUGGGCUCGGAACUUUUCUCUGGCUCACACCACUUUUCAUGUCGGGGUACAAAAAGGUUCUGAAUCUAUCAGAUCUUUUCCCUCUAGACAAAAGUGUCUCGGUGGAGGCUCUGAAAACAUCCUUCGCCCACAAUAUCAAGCACAAUGAUUCUCAAGUAGGCAAGAAUGGCUUAGCGAAAGCGCUUGCUCGUACUUUGGCAGUGCCCAUUCUACUACCAGCUAUUCCUCGCAUCGCCCUACUAGGGUUUACAAUUUGUCAGCCCUUUCUCAUUGAAACCAUUUUGAACUUCCUCGAAGAAUCCAGCAAUAGCUUGACUGCCAAUAAGGGUUACGGCUUGAUUGGUGCUACGAUUCUGGUUUAUACAGGAAUACCAUUUUCCACUGCCCUCUAUUGGUAUUUGCACGAGCGGGCAUUAUUCAAGACCAGAGCAUGCUUGGCUUCCGCGAUAUACCGUCAGACAGUUCGGGCACAUGCUUCCAAUGCAGACGAUGCAGCAGCUGUCACGCUAAUGAGCACAGAUGUUGAAAGGGUUAGAAUGGGGUUGAUGCAGCUUCACGAGUUUUGGGCAAACCCAAUACAGGUAGCUAUCGCCUGCUGGCUACUUCAGCGGCAGCUCGGGACAGCAUUUGUGGCCCCGCUGGUUGUCAUCUUCAUUUGUGUCAUUUCAUCCAGCAUAGUCAUACGGUUUGUCGGUCCUAGCCAAACAGCUUGGAUGAAAAGCAUUCAGAAGCGGGUCGGUCAUACGGCAAAUGUCAUCGCUAACAUGAAACACUUGAAGAUUUCUGGGUUUACGAAGCCUCUGGAAGAUACCAUUCAGAUGCUGCGGGUUGACGAGUUGCAGGCCGGGAGCAGGUUUCGAUCCUUCAUGGUGGGGUCUGCAGCCAUUGGAUUCUCGCCAUUUCUGCUAGGCCCGAUUUUUGCUUUCGCUCUCACCUCUCGCGAACUAAAUGUCACGACGAUCUACACCUCGGUCUCUUGGCUCCAGCUUCUCACAAACCCAUUGUCCACGCUGUUUCAAAACGCUCCCCAGUUGAUUGCGGCAUUCUCGUGUCUAUCGAGAAUAGAGCUUUUUCUCGAGGAAGAGCCUAGGCAAGACUUUCGCCGACUUGCUGGGUCAUAUGGAUCGUCCGAGAAGAGCGGUUUAGGUGACAAAUUACCGUCGGUUGUUGAGGUCAAAAAUGCAGGUUUUGGCUGGGAUAAGAGUGCACUGACUCUGAAGGAUAUCAACUUUUCCUUGUCCCAGGGGCUGACCAUGAUUAUUGGCCCUGUUGCCUGCGGAAAGUCAACAUUGUGCAAAGCAUUGCUAGGAGAAACGCCGAAUGCGUCUGGGGACACCUUCAUCCGGACCAGGUUUCCCAAUAUCGGAUUCUGUGACCAGGUUCCCUUUCUACCCAACGAACGGAUUAAGGACACUAUCAUAGGGUUCUCGGACUUUGAUGAGAAAAGAUAUGCUGCUGUCAUUGAAGCAACAAUGCUUUCUAAAGACCUAUCUCUGCUUUCCAGAGGGGAUCAAACAAAGAUUGGUAGCGGUGGAACCUCUCUCAGUGGUGGCCAGAAACAGCGUGUUGCACUUGCAAGAGCAUUGUAUCUCCAAUGCGACUUGCUUAUCCUGGAUGAUCCUCUCGGUGGUCUGGACACCAAUACAGCAGAGCGCAUUUUUCAUAAUCUCUUUGGCCCGGCAGGAAUCCUUAGGGUAAGAGAGGCAAUUGUGAUACUCUGCACAAAUGCCACUCGAUACCUACCAUCAGCUGACUAUAUCGUUGCACUGGCAAGUGAUGGCACUAUUGUGGAAAAAGGUCGAUUCUGCGACCUUGUCGCAAACAGAAAAUAUGUCCAUAGUCUCGGAUUCCAGACCGACGCCAAGAUCUCUUGCGGCCCAGCAGCAAUGAUAUCCCAAUCGGAGGUCAAGAUUCAGGAGGAAUUGCCCGAGGCGCCAGCUGUUAGCAGCAACGAAUGCACUGACGAAACCGACAGCAGUGAACUAAACAGAGCCACGGGCGACUGGACUGUCUUUGCAUACUACUGCCGAAGCAUUCGCACUUUUUGGAUUAUCACUUUCUUGCUAUUCGGUAUUCUCACUGGAUUUCUUGGGAGCUUCCCCACGAUCUGGUUAGGUUAUUGGAGCGCAGAUUCUUUCAACCAGUCUAAAUCUUUCUACGUCGGGAUUUAUGGCCUUUUCCAGUGUCUCGCCUUGGCUUCAAUACUUAGCGAGGCAUCCAUUGGCCUGCUGAUAAUCAUUCGCGAUUCCGGGUCGAGUCUACACGAAGCAGCUUUGCGAACAGUGAUUUCCGCUCCGCUACGCUUCUUCUCUCAGACAGAUACAGGCAUCAUAACCAACUUGUUCUCUCAGGACAUGACACUUAUCGAUGGGGAGCUUGCACAAGCUUUGAUCAAUACUUCGCUGCAGAUCUGGUUGACGGUAGGGAGCGCAGCAGUAGUUGCAUCUUCAUCUCCCUAUAUCAUUAUCGCGUAUCCUUUCGUUCUGUCGAUUCUCUACGGGGUUCAGAGAUUCUAUCUUCGGACAUCUCGCCAGCUUCGGCUCUUGGAUCUGGAGGCAAAGAGCCCACUCUACACGCAUUUUCUAGAUACAAUCAAAGGCACAACUACCCUGCGUGCGUUCGGGUGGACAGAGAAUUCUAUCGUCUUCAACAAUGUUCUUUUAGACACAUCACAGCGCCCCGCAUACCAGCUAGGCAUGAUCCAGCGAUGCUUGUCAUUCGUGCUCGAUAUGGUCGUGGCAGUUAUCGCGCUCCUCGUGGUUACUCUCGCUACUCAGCUUCGCCCCCGUACUGGCUUGACCGGUGCCAGUUUGGUAUCAAUUAUGAGCUUCGGUUCGGAUCUGGCGAGUCUGAUACAGAUGUAUACGCAGUUGGAGACCUCGAUCGGAGCUGUCUCCCGCAUAAAGGCUUUAAGUGAUAAAACUGCUCCUGAGGAUUUACCAGGCGAGGAUACUCGACCCCCCACCACGUGGCCGGAGAGGGGAAUGAUUACAGUCAAGAAUAUUUCUGCAUCCUAUAGCGGUGCCGAGUCAGCCGAGACCUCGGAAGCAGGCAACCUUGCACUCCGAGACCUCACGUUCACGAUUCCAGCAGGGCAGAAAGUAGCAAUUUGUGGCAGAACAGGAAGUGGGAAAUCCUCCACAGUUCUCUUGCUCUUGCGUCUCUUAGACCCACUUUCUUCAUGCACAGGGGAACUUUCUAUCGACAAUACCUCACUCUUAAAGAUUGACCGCUCCACCUUACGCCAAUGCAUUAUUGCGGUGCCUCAGGAUCCGACAUUCUUUCCGGACCGCACUACAUUCAGAAAAAACCUCGAUCCCUUCGACGCUGCAACACACGACGAGUGCCACUCAGUUCUGAAGACCGUAGGACUAUGGCCCUUGGUAUCUGACCACGGGGGACUAGAGGCCGGACUCAGUGCCGACAUGCUGAGCCAUGGUCAGAAGCAGCUAUUCAAUCUGGCAAGGGCAGUCCUGCGCCGGCGAGUCCGUGCUCGCCAGAUAAAUGCCGAGGUAGGCGAUGUCUAUAUGAGUACAUCCACCUCUGAGCUUCCGGCGGCCGGCGAUAGCGGUGUCCUUAUCCUCGAUGAGGUGAAUAGCAGUGUGGAUGCUGAGACACAGAAGACCAUGCGGGAUAUCAUAUGGAGUGAGUUUGAAAGAUACACUGUGAUCAUGGUUAGUCAUCGACUUGAUAUUGUUAUGGAGUUUGAUAAGGUCUUGGUCAUGGAUGGUGGCAGGCUUGUGGAAGAGGGUUCGCCAAUUCAGUUGAUCAAGGAGGAAAAAGGAUGGUUUAAAGAUCUUUGGAUGGCUGGGAAAGAGUGA